AUGGCCACGACGUCAGCGCGGACGCACGGCGACCAGCAGCCCCACCCAUACGGGCUGCGGCAGGACCCGCUGCGACGCAUGCGGGGCCUGGACGCCAAGUCGGCGCUCCGGGCCAGCCCGCGCACGGCCACGAUGGCCGCGGCCGCCCUCCUCGUCCCGCUAGGUGCCGCGCUGCUGGGCGCCUCGGGGCUCGCGCUGGCGGCAACCCUGACCGGUCUCGCGGUCGUCACACCGCUCCUCGUGAUCUUCAGCCCGGUGCUCAUACCCUUCGCGCUGGCCGCUGUGCUCAUCGCGUCGGGGCUCCUCGCGUCGGGCGCGCUCAGCGUCGCGGGCGUCUCGGCGCUCACGUGGGCUAUCGGGUACGUCUGGCGAUGGCAAGGCGAAGGCGGCGGCGGGGUGACAGGGAUGGUGGUGCAGCCGCUGGAUCACGGGUUGAAGCGGCAUGGCGUGGAAGGCGGCACCGCUGCGUUCGUGGGGCACCGGCCCCUGCCCCAGGACAUCGAUGUUGCUAGUGCAUGA